GUUUGGGUUCCGCCUUACAAUCUAGGGUUUUUGCUGCUGCUGCUUCUCCACUUUCUCACACACUUUUCUCACACACUCUCACAAACUCGCAGCCAUGGCGGAACAGACUGAGAAGGCCUUCCUCAAGCAGCCUAAGGUUUUCCUUUGCUCAAAGAAGUCAGGCAAGGGUAAGACCCCUGGAAAGGGAGGAAAUCGCUACUUUAAGAGCAUUGGGUUACAAUACAAGACACCACGCGAGGCUUCUGAAGGCACGUACAUUGACAAGAAAUGCCCGUUCACUGGUGAUGUAUCCAUCCGCGGCCGUAUUCUUGCUGGGACCUGCCACAGUGCAAAGAUGGUGAGAACCAUCAUUGUUCGGAGGAACUACAUGCAUUGGGUGUCAAAAUACCAGAGAUAUGAGAAGAGGCAUUCAAAUAUUCCUGCGCACAUAUCUCCAUGCUUCCGUGUGAAAGAGGGUGAUCACGUCACCAUUGGCCAGUGCAGGCCCUUGUCGAAGACGGUGAGAUUUAAUGUUCUGAAGGUGAAUCCAGCAGGUCCUGGUCUUGGGAAGAAGGCCUUUACAGGGAUGUGAGUUGGGGCACCUGAGUUUCUUGUUUAAGUAUUAAAAACAGUUUUUGAAAGGAUUGGGUUUUUUAGACUUUUACUGGUUUAUGUUGGAACUACUGUCUUUCAGUUUGCAUUGACAACUUAAGUUUUGUAUUUUUGAAUUGGUACUCUACUAUUGCUACUUUAUUUAUCCUUUUCGUUUUUACUUUAAAAAUUGGGUAUGGAA